CAAAAAACCCCUUCAUGGUUCUCAGGUCAAUGGUUUGGUCUUUUUCUUGGGAAGAACAGCCCAUGGACAUUCGGGCAGACCUGCAACACUGGGUUUAAAACCAGGCUGCUCGUUCCCACUUGGGCUCUGCCCUACUGGGUUGAUCUCAAGUCAGUCAUGUCAUUUUGCGUUUUAGAUUCAAGGUGAAUACUUUGUGGGAAAAAAAGAAUCUAAAUCAUUCUAAGGUGUACAAAGCAGAGUGUUCUGUGUCCUGUUGUUGCCCCUUGGCAGGUCCCAGUCCCCGGAGAGAACCAGUUAAAUUGGAGAAUAUCUUGCAAACUUCUUGAUGUAAACGCACAUUGCACACAGAUGUGAUCAUACGACACACAGUGUUCUGGAAUCUGCUGCUUUUUUUCUUUCUCAAUGUUGUAUGGCGGCAUCUCCAUGACGAUGCACGUAGAUUCAAUAGCUGCACUGUAAGGGGUAUUGUGUAAUUUAACGGAUUAAGCUAAUUCUCUACUGGUGGACAUUGAAGUUCCUUCUAGCUUUUCACUCUUUAAAAAAAGACAUCCUGUGCAAAUAUAAUUGAGUGCUUGUACAAGGAUUUGGGUAGAUUAAGUUCGUGGAAGUGAAGUUUCUGGGUCGAAAGGGUGCUUUAUCAUUUAGAAGGAGUUUGGCUGCAAGUAACAAUUCCUACCUCAAAACCGGAGUUCAUUAUAAUCUCACGUGAUUAAUGAGGCGGAGCAGUUCCAGGAUCAGCUAAUUUAUUGGGCCAGACACGUCAUUCAACACCUUUGCUCUGUCUUUGCGCUCUGCCAUCCCCAGCGUGUGCAUCUUCUCGAUACUCCCCGUCCUACAGCAGCAAGUAACAGAUCAUUGCUUCUGCCCUGUACUAAGUGUGAAGAAAACCGUUCCUUGGCUGACUUCCCCUCCUUUCUCAUUGGCCAGGACGAUGUCACAUGCCCUUACCUAAGCCAAUCACUGGCAACCAAAGGGACUGUUGUGAUUGGCUUAAUCCAGUGCAGGUUCACCUGAGUGACUGGGAAAGGAACAGCCUUGGGGCUGUGCAGGGAGGUAGAGGGGCAAACCGGCUGGCUUCCUGGUUUUGGUAGAUGUUGCUACGCCACUUCGCAGCGAUGCUGCCGUUUCGCCCUCUCAGUGUACUUGCAGUGUUGGAAAGUGCCCAUUCCUGCACCUGCAUCAACUAGGCUCUCUUCUUACCGUGGUCUCAGAGGUGAAAAGUUGCUGCUUAUUGUGUGGUUCUUUUAUCAGUGAGUUUGAGUGUCUCUUCUUCAUGAUUCAUGUUUCCUGUGGGUUUCCUGUUUAUGUUCUCUGCCCCUCUUUUUAAGUAAUCAUAAUGAUUAUAAAAUAGUAAUGGUUGACAUUAAAUGCUUAUCCUGCCCCUGGCAUCUCAUUGAACCUUGGCAACAACCCUAUAAAGAAGGUAUUAGUAAAAAAAAAAAAAAAAAGAAGAAGAAGAAGAAGAAGAAGGUAUUAGUAUCCCUGUUCUAGAGAUGCGGGGGCGUGAAACACAAAGAACUCAAGCAGCUUGUAUACAGUUAAUACGGAACAGGUCUCGAAUUUGAACCCACCUGUGAACCUGGGUAUGUGGUCACAGACUAUGCUGACAUGUUGGAAUUGUUUCCUGUUGGUUCCUUAAUUCAUGGCUAUUUCUGCGAAGAGCCGUUUGAGAGACUGAUGGAGAGGCAGAGACGGAAGGCGGACAUCGAGAAGGGGCUGCAGUUCAUUCAGUCGACACUACCCCUAAAGCAAGAAGAAUAUGAGGCCUUUCUGCUCAAGCUGGUGCAGAACCUGUUUGCUGAGGGCAAUGACCUGUUCCGGGAGAAGGACUACAAGCAGGCCUUGGUACAGUACAUGGAGGGGCUGAACGUGGCCGACUACGCUGCCUCCGACCAGGUGGCCCUACCCCAGGAGCUGCUGUGCAAGCUACAUGUCAACAGGGCUGCCUGCUACUUCACCAUGGGCCUGUAUGAGAAGGCGCUGGAGGACAGUGAGAAAGCGCUGGGCCUGGACGGCGAGAACAUCCGGGCGCUGUUCCGCAAGGCACGUGCCCUCAGCGAGCUGGGGCGUCACAAGGAGGCAUAUGAAUGCAGCAGCCGGUGCUCCCUCGCGCGGCCCCACGAUGAGAGCGUAACUCAGCUUGGUCAGGAGCUGGCUCAGAAGCUUGGGCUUCGAGUUCGGAAAGCGUAUAAGAGGCCCCAGGAAUUGGAAACAUUUUCUCUGCUCAGUAAUGGCACUGCAGCUGGCCUGGCGGAUCAGGGAACUUCCAAUGGAUUGGGAUCCAUAGAUGACAUCGAAACAGACUGCUACGUGGACCUGCGAGGCUCCCCGGCCCCCCUCCCCUCUACCCCCACAAUGCCCCUGUUCCCUCACGUUCUGGACCUGCUGGUCCCCCUGGACAGCAGCAGCAGGGCCCUCCCUGGCACUGAGAGCCUGGACGACUUCUCCGACGGGGAUGUCUUUGGUCCGGAGCUGGACACCCUCCUGGACUCACUGUCCCUGGUCCAGGGAGGCCUGCCUGGCAGCGGCGUGCCCAGCGAGUUGCCCCAGCUGAUACCCGUGUUUCCCGGUGGGACCCCACUGCUGCCACCUGUAGUGGGUGGCUCCAUUCCCGUCUCCAGCCCACUGCCCCCUGCCUCCUUUGGCCUCGUCAUGGACCCCUCCAAGAAGCUGGCCGCCUCUGUGCUGGAUGCCCUCGACCCCCCAGGCUCCGCACUGGACUCCCUCGACCUGCUGCCAUACUCGGAUACCCGGUUGGAUGCCCUCGACAGCUUUGGGUCGACCCGUGGCUCCCUGGACAAGCCCAACUCCUUUGUGGAGGAAUCCAAGUCCCAGGACCAUCGUCCCCCAAGUGGUACUCAGAAACCAGCCCCCUCGCCAGAGCCCUCCAUGCCCAACACCGCCUUGCUCAUCAAGAACCCCUUGGCUGCCACCCACGAGUUCAAGCAGGCCUGCCAACUCUGUUACCCUAAAACAGGCCCGAGGGCGGGUGACUAUACCUACCGGGAGGGCCUCGAGCACAAGUGCAAGCGCGAUACCCUGCUUGGCCGGCUCCGCAGCUCCGAGGACCAGACCUGGAAGCGGAUCCGGCCCCGGCCCACCAAGACCAGCUUUGUGGGCUCCUACUACCUGUGCAAAGACAUGAUUAACAAGCAGGACUGUAAGUACGGGGAUAACUGCACCUUCGCCUACCAUCAGGAGGAGAUCGACGUGUGGACAGAGGAGCGGAAGGGCACCCUCAACCGUGACCUGCUCUUUGACCCGCUGGGGGGCGUCAAGCGUGGCAGCCUCACCAUCGCCAAGCUCCUUAAGGAGCACCAGGGCAUCUUCACUUUCCUCUGUGAGAUCUGCUUUGACAGUAAGCCCCGGAUCAUCAGCAAAGGCACCAAGGACUCCCCGUCUGUCUGCUCCAACCUGGCUGCCAAGCACAGCUUCCACAACAACAAGUGCCUGGUGCACAUCGUCCGCUCCACCUCCCUCAAGUACUCCAAGAUCCGCCAGUUCCAGGAGCACUUCCAGUUCGACGUGUGCCGCCAUGAGGUGCGCUACGGCUGCCUGCGGGAGGACAGCUGCCACUUCGCCCACAGCUUCAUCGAGCUCAAAGUCUGGCUGCUGCAGCAGUACUCUGGCAUGACCCACGAAGACAUUGUCCAGGAAUCCAAGAAAUACUGGCAGCAGACGGAGGCCCAUGCAGGGAAGGCCAGCAGCAGCUUGGGUGCCCCUCGGACCCAUGGGCCCAGCACCUUCGACCUGCAGAUGAAGUUUGUGUGUGGCCAGUGCUGGAGGAAUGGGCAAGUGGUGGAGCCUGACAAAGACCUCAAGUACUGCAGUGCCAAGGCCCGGCACUGCUGGACCAAGGAGCGGCGGGUCCUUCUGGUGAUGUCAAAGGCCAAGAGGAAAUGGGUGUCGGUGAGGCCGCUGCCAUCCAUUCGCAACUUCCCACAGCAAUACGAUCUCUGCAUCCACGCGCAGAACGGCCGCAAGUGCCAGUACGUGGGGAACUGCUCCUUCGCACACAGCCCGGAGGAGAGGGACAUGUGGACAUUCAUGAAGGAGAACAAGAUCCUGGACAUGCAACAGACCUAUGACAUGUGGCUAAAGAAACACAACCCAGGGAAACCAGGGGAAGGGACCCCAAUCAGUUCUCGGGAAGGGGAGAAGCAGAUCCAGAUGCCCACAGACUACGCCGACAUCAUGAUGGGCUACCACUGCUGGCUCUGCGGCAAAAACAGCAACAGCAAGAAGCAGUGGCAGCAGCACAUCCAGUCCGAGAAGCACAAGGAGAAGGUCUUCACAUCCGACAGCGACGCCAGUGGCUGGGCCUACCGCUUCCCCAUGGGCGAGUUCCGGCUCUGCGACAGGCUCCAGAAGGGCAAGGCCUGCCCAGAUGGGGACAAGUGCCGCUGCGCGCACGGGCAGGAGGAGCUCACCGAGUGGCUGGACCGGCGUGAGGUGCUGAAGCAGAAGCUGGCCAAGGCCCGCAAGGAUAUGCUUCUGUGCCCGCGGGACGACGACUUUGGCAAAUACAACUUCCUGCUGCAAGAGGAUGGGAACACCGCCGGUGCCGCCCCAGAAGCCCCUGCUGCUGCCGCUGUCACUGGGGAAUAGGGCCAUUUGUGGGCCUCGGGUGAAGUCCUAGGGUCAGGGGGCGGGGGUGGGGACAGAGGUCCUGAUAGGAGGGCCAGGGCAGGCCAGGGCUGGGGGCGGGGGGCCGCCCUCCUCAGGCAGCCCCCGGCCCCCUGGGGCCCCGUCCGUCCUCCGUCCUUUCUGCCCCCACCACCUGUGUGCAUACCCAGGUGCGUGUGCUGUAGCCCUAAGCGGUCCCAGGGUCCUCGUCCUGCUGGAACACCCUGGGCAGACACCCCCAGCCCCCGCUCUCCUGGUUGGGGAGGGAGGGGCCUGGCUGACCCCUCCAGCUUCAGCCUACAGCUUUAACUUCUGUCUGCUCCUAAAGGGGGCCCAAAGCUCAGGGCUGGGGAGCCUGGGGUCCCCACUUGAAUCUGCAGCAGGAGCGUCCUUUUCCCUGCCCCACCCUCACCUCAUCCCCACCUCCCUGGGGGCAGAUCAGUACACAACAGAGGGCUGGCGGCCCCAAUUAGCUUUAAAAUGCAGCCCCAGGGUGGAGCUGGGAACACAAUACUGGUCGCUUGCCCUCUGGGGCCUCAGUUUCCCCUUUGGUUGGAAGAGUGGGAGGGGCUGGGCUAGAUGAUCUCUAGAGCCUCUCCAGUCCGGCCACCAGCCCAGCCCUCCUCCCUUGUGAGCCACCAAAUGUAGACUUUAGGUCCUAAGAGUCCUCAGAGAUGACUCAGCUCAAGCCCCCCCUAUUGCAGAUAGGAAGACUAAGGCCUGGAAGGGAGGGGUGAUCUGCUCAGGGUCUCCCGCCCACGGCACAAGGUAAAGCCAGAGGCAAACUAGUCAAAAGGCUCAGGGCCAGUUGUCUGCUGGAGCCUCCAGGCUCUUGGCAGGGAUAUGACAGUCUCUGAAUCAGUGUGCCACGGGGGCUCCAGGCAGUGGAACUUGUUGGCUGAAGAAGGGAGGCUCAGGGGAUUGGUCAUGGCAGCACCCUGUAGAGGGACGGUCCCCUCCUGAGGAUGGUCGUAGCAAGUGUAGCAGCAAGUUGCUUCCCACGCCAACUCAGGGCGGCGGUAACAGGCAGGGCACCCAUGGGCUCAGCUCCUGCAUGAUGCACUGGGAAGAAGGGGAAGGGUGGGGGUCAGGGAACGUGGAGAGAAGGGAGAUGAAUGCCAUGGGCCACUCUAGGAUCGCUGAGCAUCAUGGGUCACUUUAGGAUGGGACACAGCUCCUCUUUCUUGAGGACCCAACAUGGCCCUCAUCCCUUUCUCCCCAGACCCAGACAUACAGUCACGCCUGUCUGUCCCAGCCCUCCCUGAUUCCCGGCCCUGCCAGCUGCCUGGGACCUCAGCUGACCCCCGGCCCCUACCUCCAGCCGCCAAGCCCUUUCCCAUGCCUCUCGUCUGACCUGUCUGCGUGCACCCCCUCCUCUCCAUCCCACCCACUGUGGGCAGACCCGGCCUCCCCUGGUUCCUGAGACAUUCCAGAAUGCCCCACACUGUUGGCACAAGAAGUGGGGCCCCCCGGAAGCAACCGGGGACCACAGCUGGAGUCAGGGGUGGGGGGUGAGACAAAGAGAAUGGAAUCCCCCUCAUUUCUCCUCAAGCAAGGAUCGAUAGUGAGCAAUGAUGUGAUUAUGGGCACCCCAGACGCAGAGAACCUUGUUCCUCCUGCUGUCACUGCCCAGCCUUUCCCAGUAAUCGUGGCAUGCAUCCUUUCUUCUCCCUGCCCCCUUCCCCCAGCAGGCCAGCAGAUUCGUGAUUCGUGCUGGUGGCGUGGCUGGAGGGGAGGAGAGACCACACCCGAGGUGGGGGCCGUGGCUGUGAAUGUCGAUGACACUUGUUUUCCCUGAUCCGUGGUGUUGCAGUCUGUCGUCACCAGCCUCGUUUUUAGUGUGUAUAUAUGUCGCCCCCGUGAUGCAUAUAUACACAGGUAUUAAAUAUAUCGCUCUAUAUAAUAUUAUAUAUGUGUGUGGUAUCCAAGGAAUCACUUCUAAUGAGGGCUAAAGAUAAAGAAUUUGGCCAGAAAAUGCAGCCAUCCUGGUGUGUAAUUAAGAGGGAUUUUUCAGAUUCGGGGACUUGGAGCCAUGGGUUGGAGGUGAUUUCUCAGCAAGGGCAGGAGUGGCCUCGCCUGGGCCCAGUUUCCAGACCACUCCAGCCUUGCCGGGAGAGAGCAGUGGUGCUCCAGGAAAGAAAAUGAUUGGUGUUUGUCUCCUGCCCAGAAGAAUAGGAUUAGUGUCCAGAUUUUUCUUCUUCAACAUGUUACCCAUCCAGGGUCCCCUGGGAUCUGGGGCUCCCUGGCCUGGCCAAAGCUGGAUCCCCCCACAGGGUUGGGAAGAGGGCCAGAGGUGGGGGGCCUGGGGACAGGAGUACACUUUGAAGGAUGAGGGUGAUUAUUUCAGUCAUGACCCUGACUGGGAGGCUUGGAGAGUUGAAUCAGGGGCCCGUGCCUACUGCCAGCAGGCAGGGACAAUACUUUAAACAUAGUGAUGGGGGGGGGGGGGCAGGUGCCCCCAAUGUGAGUAUCCCUUUGGAGUAGGGCGAAGGAGGGACGCUGCAUUUCUCAGCUGGGCAGUAAUCAAUUUAAUGGUCCUUUUAAAAUGUCUGUGUAUUAAAAAUUUAAGAAUACCACACUUUAAUAUUAAAUAUUCAUAAGGUCUAGUAUCUUGAUAAUAAUGUAGAUGUUUUAAUAACAAUUUUUGUCCUUCUUAAAAUAAAAUGAAAGAAACUUGAUUCUUUUA